AAAAGAAAAAAUAAAAUAGCCGUAAAUAUGCCGAUCCUUAAUGAUGUUCAGUUGUCGAGUCCCGAGGACCUAGUUCCUCUUGCCAGGAGUGACGAGCCAAUUUAUGUCAUUCUCACCAGUUCCAACGAUGAGGAAACCGGUGCACCGUGGUGCUCCGAUGUUCGAGCUGCCUUACCAUUCCUGAAAGAGACAUUUGAUAAGCCGGACGGGCCCAAGGCUAUUUACGAGAGCGUUGGUCCCCGGCCUGGGUGGAAGAAGCCGGAUAACCCACACAAGCUCAAGUGGAACAUAUCAGCUAUUCCAACUGUUAUUAGGUUCGAACUUCGAGAUGGAAGGAUAGAGGAGACGGGUAGGCUUAUAGAGGUUGAGGUUUAUGAGGAAGGGAAAUUACAGAACUUCGUGUUGAAGUCUGUGUAGACAAGUAGCGAAGGGAGAUUUGACAGACAACGCUGUUACUUGAAGUACAAGCGAAUGCUGGUUUAUAGGAGACAUGCAGGAUGAAUAUGGUAAAGGUGCAAGUUCUACAUGUUAUUGGAAUUCCCUUCCUGCAAUCUAUACCAUUAUCUAUCUGUG